CAGACCUGCAUGUGCGUGUUUCUUGAGUAUCGAAUUUAAGACUGCCAUGCAGUUCGGGUUUAUCGAUGUGUACGCGUAUGCACCAGUGAAAGGGAUUUUAGAUGCUUUUCAUGCGAUGUUUUCCCCCCUGAAUUGUGCUAUAGAUUCAUGCAGAAUAAUGUAUGUUAUAUGCAUGUGUUAGAAAGCACCCAUUCUGUUUAAUGUGUAAACUAUACAGAGAGAGAGAGGCGCCUCUCGCAAUCAUCGAUUUGACGUGUGUCGCGAUUAACACUUUGGGAGCCUCUGCAAUGAGAACCAGGGAUUGGAAUUAUAAAUCUGAAGAGAAUUAGCCAUCAUCAUUAUCAACAGCUCAAAUGAGACAGCUGGACACAAGGACAUAGUAGCAUCGCUUUAUGCAUCUGAUUAGAUAGUCUCAAUGUUGCCCAACAAUUAUGCUGUGAAAUGGUAACCUUAUGCCAUGGGGAUCCUGUUUUGAUGAGGGAAAUGAAUAGCCUGACGGAUAUCCGACAGAGAUUAUAGCAGUUAUGAUAUUGACAAUAUUCAAAGUGGAUGAAAUUAGCACGCCAUUUGGCGGUGCUGAUGUUGCCUUUUCUGCACCAGUUCGAUGUCGUUGCGUGAGGCUGGGCACUAUGUUAGAUAUAGGAAAGACAUCGGAUGUGUGCAUGCGAAGACCAUGGUGUUUUAGCGCGUGUUGAAUUCUGUGAGCCUGUGAGAUGUAGCACAUCCCCGGUUUUUAUUCGUUGAAUUUGCGUCGAAAUAUGCAAUGCGACCCGAGGUGUGAGAAAAAUGCCUGUAGCUCAUGUCGUUGAUGCGCCGCACUCCGGGUCUCUAGCUGGGCUCGACAACGAUAGACUAACCUCAGUUUGUAGCUGAAGAGGAGACAAGCAAGUUGAUGAAUGCUUUACCACCCUACCUUUUUAAUUUGUAGCAAAAACAUAUAGCAACCAUCUUCCUCGCCUCCGGGAUCUUUCCGGAUGUCUCUGCAAGACUAGGCAAAUCAGCCGGCUUGUUUUAAGUGAGGAAUCUGUUGCGCUCUCGUGCCGUGGAGAGCGCGGUUGGAGAGGUAGCCUACCCCAGCCCGUGGAACUGCUUGAUCAGCCUCCGACUACGAGCCGAGGACCACACUGUAUACCAGCUCCCCGCUGAUGAUGGGAGGAAUGUUCUCACUAGAAACCUCUUGAGACUGAGCAACACCAGACAGGAGAGGAGAGACGGAGACAGACCAGACGCUGACUCUGCGUGCCAGGUUAGGGCCUGGAUUCUUGCCGGCGCCUGUGGAUCUGGCCCAAAAAUACAAACCUUCCCUGUUUGGGCAUUUGUCUGGACAGGGACAUUCUCACUGUACAAGCAGCUUGACGUUGUAGCAGCAAUUUUGCAGACAUUAGUAUUUUGGGGUCUGACCCUAAGCAGCAUCCCAAAGAGCCUCUCCAGGGGCCAAUUUAGUGAACCAGAGACUAGGCAGUGGUCACUAUGCAGGUUUCUUUCGCCUGCACUGAGCACAACCUGAAGAGCCGCAGUGAAGACCGACUAUGUGGCCUUCGCACCGCGCCACCCCCUGGGGGAGGUGGUGGAGGGAGCAACCCAGGGGGUAAUGGCAACUACAACACCCAUGGCUCAGCCAAGCCCAGGGAGCAGUCGGGGUCCCGCCCGGUUCCCCAGGGCCAUGCCCACAUGAAGGAGGCCAUAGGGCGCCACAGCAGUAUGAAAUACAGGAACCUGGGGAAGUCUGGUCUGCGUGUGUCCUGCUUGGGGCUGGGCACCUGGGUGACAUUUGGAUCGCAGAUCUCUGACGAGAUGGCUGAGAACCUGAUGACCAUUGCCUAUGAGGCCGGGGUGAACCUCUUUGACACAGCAGAGGUGUAUGCCUCCGGCAGGGCUGAAAUCACCCUAGGGAACAUCAUCAAGAAGAAAGGAUGGAGGCGUUCUAGUUAUGUUGUGACAACCAAGAUCUACUGGGGAGGGCAGGCGGAGACGGAAAGGGGACUAUCCAGAAAGCACAUCAUUGAAGGUUUGAGAGGAUCCCUGUCCAGACUCCAGUUAGAUUAUGUGGACAUGGUCUUUGCUAACCGUAAUGAUGUCAACAGCCCUAUGGAAGAGAUAGUCCGGGCCAUGACCUUUGUAAUAAAUCAGGGCAUGGCAAUGUACUGGGGCACCUCUCGCUGGAGUCCCAUGGAGAUCAUGGAGGCGUACUCAGUGGCGCGUCAGUUUAAUCUGAUCCCGCCAGUAUGUGAGCAGGCUGAGUAUCACUACUUCAAGAGGGACAAGGUGGAGGUGCAGCUCCCUGAGCUCUACCACAAGAUAGGUGUAGGGGCAAUGACCUGGUCUCCCCUUGCGUGUGGACUGAUCACAGGGAAGUACAGUGAGGGUGUACCAGACAUCUCCAGGGCUAACAUAAAAGUGCAGGGUUACCAGUGGCUGAAGGAGCGGGUCAACAGUGAGGAGGGACGCAAGCAGCUGGCCAAGAUCAAAGAGCUCCACCUAAUGGCCGACAGACUAGGCUGCACCGCCGCACAGCUAGCCAUCGCCUGGUGUCUGCGCAGUGAGGGAGUGAGCUCAGUGCUGCUCGGUGUCUCCAAUACUGACCAGCUGAUGGAAAACCUGGGUGCCCUUAGGCUUAUUUCACAGAUGACUCCUCAGACUGUGGCUGAGAUUGACUCACUCUUGGGAAACAAGCCCCACUCCAAGAAAGAGUCGCGAGCAUGAAGAGGAACUGAUGGAGUAAAGGACAGAGUCAGAGAAAGAUGACGAAAAGGUGAUGACGUCGAGGAACAUCGCUCUUUCACCCUCCAGUAUAAUCAACAACCUGCAUGUCCUCAGCAACAUUGUGCUUCCAGUAUUUGCGCAUAUCCAUUCGGCGCAUUGCAUUGUAUCAUGUAUGAGAAAAAAAAUCUAGAUUUUAAUGUGCAAAAACAAUGACUAGAUCAGAUAUAUUACAGAUCCCUCACUGACUGAUAGUGUCCACAAACAGAAGGUGAGGCAGGUAGCCUAGCGGUUAAGAGUGUUGGGCCAGUAACCGAAAGGUCGCUGGUUUGAAUCCCUGAACC